AGAUGGAGAGGAAAUGAGGGAGGAGGGCAUUGCGUUUCUUCUACUCCCUUGCUAUCUCUUCCCUUCCGUUAGGAAGUCUUCUCUUUUGGCGGGAGGCCCCACCACUCAAAACCACACUCUCCUCCCUCUCACGUCUCUCUCUCUCUCUCUUUCCUAUUAAAUCCCCAACCACCCAAUUCCUCUUCUCUUCAACCUUUGCCCCCCUAGUCUGCACUCUGCACUCUCCACUCUCUACUCUGUAAUCUCUUUUUCUUUCUCUCCAUCCAAAACGACGUCGUUUCAUCAUCAACACCAUGCAGCUCUUCUCCCUCUCCUUCUUCCUCUUCUUCUUCCUUCUCAAUCCUACUCCCUCUCUCUCACUUUCUUCUGAUGGCCUCUCCUUACUCUCCCUCAAGUCCGCCAUUGACGACGCCGCCUCCGCCUUCUCCGACUGGAACGAGGAUGACCCCAACCCCUGCCGCUGGACCGGCAUUUCCUGCAUGAAUGUCUCCGGCUUCUCCGACCCCCGCGUCGUCGGAAUUGCGAUCUCCGGUAGGAAUCUCCGUGGGUAUAUUCCGUCUGAAUUGGGGAAUCUUUUCUAUCUCCGGCGGCUCAAUCUUCAUGGGAAUAACUUUUACGGGUCAAUUCCCGUUCAGUUGUUUAAUGCUUCGUCUUUGCAUAGUAUUUUUUUGUAUGGGAAUAAUCUCUCCGGUACUCUCCCGCCGGCGAUGUGUCAGCUGCCCAGGUUGCAGAAUGUCGAUUUUUCCAAUAAUUCGCUGUCGGGAUCGAUUCCGGAGGGUUUGAAGAAGUGUAAACAGUUGCAGAGGUUGGUGGUCACCCGGAAUCAAUUUUCCGGUGAAAUUCCGGAGGGGAUUUGGCCGGAGAUGGAGAAUUUGGUUCAGCUCGAUCUGUCGUCGAAUGAGUUCAACGGAUCGAUUCCGGGUGAUAUCGGCGAGCUGAAGUCGCUCUCCGGAACUCUGAACCUCUCUCACAACCAUUUCACAGGAAAGAUUCCAAAAUCGCUCGGGAACCUGCCGGAGACGGUGAGUUUCGACCUCCGGAGCAACAAUCUCUCCGGCGAAAUCCCCCAGACCGGCGCGUUUGCCAACCAAGGCCCCACCGCAUUCCUCAACAACCCCGACCUCUGCGGCUUCCCCCUCCAGAAAUCCUGCCGGAACCCAUCCCGGAGUUCUCCGGAGGGUCAGAGCUCAUCCCCAGAAUCUGGCACCAAUGCAAGAAAAGGCCUGAGCCCAGGUUUGAUCAUCCUAAUAUCCGUCGCUGACGCCGCCGGAGUGGCUUUCAUUGGCUUGAUCAUAGUGUACAUAUACUGGAAAAACAGGGAUUCACAGGGCUGCAGCUGCACCGGCAAAGAAAAACUCGGCAGUACCGGAAGAUCCGCUAUGUGUUCGUGCUUUUCUGCCCACAGUUUUCAGAAUAAUGACUCCGAAAUGGAAUCAGAUAAGGAAAGAGGAGGCAAAGGAGCAGAGGGUGAUCUUGUAGCCAUUGACAAAGGCUUCAGUUUUGAACUGGAUGAGCUUUUAAGGGCAUCAGCCUACGUGUUAGGAAAGAGUGGUUUGGGGAUUGUGUACAAGGUGGUGCUCGGAAAUGGAGUUCCAGUGGCGGUGAGGCGGUUGGGGGAGGGUGGGGAGCAGAGGUACAAGGAAUUUGUGGCUGAGGUUCAGGCUAUUGGGAGAGUGAAGCACCCCAACGUUGUCAAGUUGAGAGCUUACUAUUGGGCUCCUGAUGAGAAGCUCCUCAUUUCGGAUUUCAUCUCCAAUGGCAACUUGGCUAAUGCUCUCCGAGGGAGAAGUGGACAGCCAUCAUCGAGCCUCUCAUGGUCAACCAGGCUGAAAAUUGCCAAGGGAACAGCCCGGGGCUUGGCCUACCUGCAUGAAUGCAGUCCAAGAAAGUUUGUCCAUGGAGACAUAAAACCCUCCAACAUCCUCCUUGACAACGAAUUCCAGCCCUAUAUCUCUGAUUUUGGCCUCAACAGACUAAUUACAAUCACAGGCAACAACCCUGCCUCAUCCGGUGGCUUCAUUGGUGGAGCCCUCCCCUAUCUAAAAUCAGUCCAACCAGAACGACCCAACAAUUACAAAGCCCCAGAGGCUCGGGUUGCCAACAGCCGCCCUACACAAAAAUGGGAUGUCUACUCAUUUGGGGUUGUAUUACUUGAACUGCUGACUGGGAAAUCCCCAGAGCUCUCCUCUCCAACCACAUCAACAUCCACAGAAGUCCCAGAUCUAGUGAAGUGGGUGAGGAAAGGAUUUGAAGAGGAGAAUCCCCUUUCAGAUAUGGUAGACCCCUUGUUGCUCCAAGAAGUGCAAGCCAAGAAGGAGGUGCUAGCAGUGUUUCAUGUGGCCCUUGCCUGCACUGAGGGAGACCCAGAAGUUCGGCCUAGGAUGAAGACUCUCUCAGAAAACCUAGAAAGAAUUGGAUCAUAAGAAAAAACCCAUAUGGUCUUCAAUCAACAUGGUUAUCAAGGAAUAUCAAAUUUCCCUGGUUUUGCAGUGAUGGUGAAUUUUGUAAGCUUUAAGCUUUAUGACAGCAAUGCAGAAUCCUCCUUGGCCUUCACCUUCAAAUCCAACAUCCCCAGAACACAGAAUUUUUCUCCAUGUUUCAGCAAAUUUUGGGAGCAUCAUUGGAUGGAUUACACAUUAAUUGUUUAUUUUCUUUCUUUUCCUUCUGUUGGGCAAGUAGCUAAAUUUGUAAUUUAAAUUUCUGUAUCAAUGCCUCAUGCCCUCAAGUAUGUGCUCCAAAUAAAACUGGUAUAUUUUUUUCUUCUCUU